UUUCAGCAGAAGAACACUUGGAGCACUCAUUUAUUUAGCAUGAAGUACUCACCUAAUUACACUGUACCUUUUAGAUACAAUGUAUUUAGGUGCCACUCGUCAUUGAUGACAGACCAACCACUGGAUCCUCCUGGGAUUAAGGCAGCUGUAGUGGCUUUGACAAGGUUUUGUAAUGUAUUAGGUGGUUGUCCUCCUCCAGUGAUUAAGUUGGUUCCUGCAGUUUGUAUUAUCAUGUUUGCUGUAUGGGGUCUUGGACCAUUUUUGCGUUAUACUAGAAGCCUACUCCUCCAUGGGAGCGAUAAUAACUGGAAAAAAAGUCGCACGUAUAAAGUCAUGACCUUGUAUCUUCAACCAUUAUUGCUAUGGGCUGGAGUUGCACUUAUUUGCAGAGCUUUGGAUCCAGUAGUUUUACCUACAAAGCCUAGCCAAGUUGUGAAGCAACGUAUAUUAAAUUUUGUUAGGUCGUUGUCCACGGUGCUGGCCUUUGCGUAUUGCUUAUCAAGUAUGAUUGAACAAGCUCAGAAGUUCUUCUCAGAGACCACCGAAUCCAGUGACGCAAGAAAUAUGGGCUUUCAAUUUGCUUGGAAGGCCGUAUACUCUGCAGUAUGGGUUGCUGCUGUCUCACUGUUCAUGGAGCUCUUGGGCUUUUCUACCCAAAAAUGGCUUACAGCUGGAGGUCUUGGGACUGUGUUGCUGACACUAGCUGGCCGUGAAAUAUUCACAAACUUCCUUUCAAGUGUGAUGAUCCAUGCAACUCGUCCUUUCAUAGUCAAUGAAUGGAUUCAAACAAAGAUUGAGGGCUAUGAAGUUUCUGGCACGGUUGAGCAUGUAGGAUGGUGGUCGCCAACAAUUAUUAGAGGUGAAGAUCGUGAAGCAGUUCACAUACCAAACCAUCAGUUUACCAUUAACGUGGUUAGAAAUCUGAGUCAAAAAACUCACUGGCGUAUUAAAACCCACCUAGCCAUCAGCCAUUUGGACGUCAAUAAAAUCAAUAAUAUUGUCGCUGACAUGCGGAAAGUCUUGGCGAAGAACCCUCAAGUUGAACAACAGAGGUUGCAUAGAAGAGUAUUUUUGGAGAACGUGAAUCCUGAAAACCAGGCACUUUUGAUUUUGAUAUCCUGUUUUGUCAAGACUUCACACUUUGAAGAAUACCUUUGUGUGAAGGAAGCUAUAAUCUUGGAUCUACUUAGAGUCAUUAGACAUCACCGGGCUCGCCUCGCCACACCAAUCCGCACAAUGCAGAAGAUGCAUAGUGAUUCGGACUUGGAAAGUGUUCCAUUUUCUGAUUCAAUAUUUGGUCGUGGUGGUGUGAAUUUGAAUCGCCGCAUGCUAAUGAUCGAACCCCCAUACAAAGUCUAUGGAGAAGAUAGAAAACAAAGCCACAGUAGGACGUCUCGCACAACUGGAGAACAAAAUGGUAAGCCCAUUGCACGGUCUUCGGGUGACAGCAAGGCAGCCAAAGAGGCAACACCAUCUGACAGAAAGACAGAAGUCAGGACUGGAGAAGAAAAAGACUCUGAUACAAAAAAGCAUCCCAAAGUUCCAACGUCGAUGUCUGAUGAUAAUUCAAGUAAUGAAUCAAAACAUAAGUCAUCAUCAAGAUCUGCAUCGAGUACAAACGGUAUCUCUGGUAUGCCUAGUUCUGAUGCCAAAACAACUAGAUCAGACACUGAUAAUUCAUUUGAGGAUCCUAGUACGAAGCAAUCUGAAAAUGGCUCGGGAAGUACCAAGCAGAACUACAAGUCUAACCAUCCAGCUGUUUCCUUGCCGGAAGAUGUUAAGAAAACAGGGGGAAGUUCAGCUACUUCACAGCCAAGGAUAGAAGGUGAACAGACGCCAGUUUUAAAGCCAUCAACAUUGAAGCCUGGUGUUGAAGAGAACUUAAUUCUUGGUGUUGCUUUGGAUGGCUCUAAGAGAACCCUUCCUAUUGAGGAGGACAUGCCUUCUUCCCCUGAAACCGUGAAAGAUUUGGCUGCACGCUGGAACGGGAAUGGAACGAAUGGGGCAACAACUCCGGAUAAGGAUACGAAAGAUCAGACUCCACCUCCAAGUGAAUAGUGACUAGUGAGACUAGUUGAUGCAGUGCAUUCAGAUUGCUCGGUUGAUAAGCAACUUUUUCAACUGUAAAAUGCGCAGCAUGGCCCUGUGAAGCCGSGUUCUAUAUAUGCCGCAUCAAGUACAGUUCCAUGACUGUAGGGCGGGGGAACGUACAUUUGUGUCGUUUCAACUCUUGCAGUUGCAGCAGUGAGUCGUGAAACAAAAUACUGAUUGGUUUCGGGAGCUGGUGCUGUUGAUGGCAACCCUUUGGCUUCGCUGGGUUGAAGAUGACUCAAAUACAUCCAUUGGUAACCAUUUUCACUUUGAAGAGGUUUCCAUAGCAAUAGGAGAGCUUCCAUUUUGUGCAGAAAACUUGUAUUCUGAAAUAUAAAUUUGUACCAGGAAAGGAUUUGCUGGAUUGGAUCAAUUCCUAUUGUAGAAGAAUAUGAAUUUUCUUCAAGAGGAUACUGGAAAUUUUGCAUAUAAAUUAUAAUGAACGAAAUUCUC